AUGAGCAUCACCCUCCGCGCCCGCCAUCGCCGAAACACGUACGCCAUCCCGCGCCCCGCCUCCUCUGCCAGCAGUACCCGCCGCCCGCUCCUCAUCGACGCGACAGAGACGGAGGUCCGCGCCGUCGACCGAACCCUUGCUUCGCUCUUCGCUGACUCCCGCCGGGUGACAAUGCGCGCCAUCCUGCGCGGACUGAGAAGAACAGCGCGGCAACCGCCCAGCAUCGAGCAGGUCCGCUUCGCGCUGCUGUCUCUGCAUCACCAGGGAAUACUCGAGCUGGAUCCCGAGUUGUACGACACGUACGUCAAGGCGGACCGGUACUGGGGCGAUUUUGAGGAGAUUGACUUCUAUGAGGGCGAGAAGGGCGAGGAUCUCGAGGGCGACAGGAUCGUCGUGCUCUGCUACCCGCCCUUUAGCGGUGUGAAUGCCGGAUGCGGGGUGACGGGCCACACGAGGCAUUGGUGGGCCGCCGGGGCACUCUAUGCGUUCUGCAUCCCCCACGUCGUGUCGUACGAAGCGCCCGUGAUUAUCUCGACGCGAUGUCCGGGGUGCGGUACUGCUAUAUCGCUGGAUGUGGAGGCGGGACAGCCGCCGAGUGCGACAGCUUGCGACUUUCGGGAAUUGCCUGUCGCACACUUCCUCUUCAGCAUGGCGUCGGGGGUGGCCUUGGUUGAGUGGGCGGGGCGGCAAAGGCUGUUCUGUCAUGAAAAGUGUGUCGAUCUCUGGUGUCAAAGCGUGGGGAGAACGAAGGGAGGUGUCAUGGAAGUGGAUACCCUGUGGCACCUCGCUAAGGGGUGGUGUCCGAAGAACGACCGGAACAGCCAGCUGGAACGACAGCAACUCCUUGAGAAGUUAGGGCUGAAAGGACCGUUCUGGAAGCUGCGGCAGAAGCCAGAGGGAUGGGAGCGGUACCGCAUGCUGCGGUAA